AUGGAACAAAAGCUCACGAAAAGACGCAUCUUGCUCAAGACGGAUGCGUUUGUUCUGAGCCUUCUCGUUCUGGUUGCAACUUUCGAAUUCUUGGACAAAAAUGCACUCGCCUACGCAGCUAUCCUUGGCUUGAAGGUUGAUACUGGACUGGUCAAACAGGAAUACUCUUGGUUGGGAUCAAUUUUUUACUUUGGCUACCUGUCCAUGCUGCCUCCCACCUUGUGGCUCUUGACAAAGGUUCCUGCGGGAAGAGUCAUUGGAGUUUCGACAUCGGGCUGGGGAAUUUGUCUGAUUUGCAUGGCAGCAUGCCAAAACUUUGCAGGUCUGGCUACCGUGCGAUUCUUUCUCGGCAUGUUUGAAGCCACCAUCCUUCCUUGCUUCAUGGUUAUGUCGGCGACCUGGUGGAAGCGGUCUGAACAAGCUCUUCGAACCGCUCUCUGGUACAAUACGUUCGCUGGAAUUUUCGGUGGAAUCCUAGCCUAUGCCAUGGCAAACAUCCCAGGCCCCCUUGCUAAGUGGCGAUAUUUAUUCAUCAUUUAUGGAUCGAUUACAACCACUCUUGGCAUUUAUACUACUCUAAUGCUGCCUUCGACCCCAGGACAAGCCUGGUUUUUGAACGAGUCGGAAAAGAUGAGAGCUGUUGAAAGGCUUGCGUCUAAUCAGCAAGGCAAGAUGGUCGCUGGUUUCAAAAUGUCCCAAUGUGUCGAAGCACUCAAGUCGCCUUCCUACUGGCUGCUAAUCAUUUUCACCAUCGCGCAAUCUGUAACCAAUGCCGGCAUCACCAACUUCAACCCGCUCAUCAUCAAUGGCUUUGGUUACAGCCCGCAGCGGACCACUCUACUCGCAACGCCACAGGCAGCCGUCGCAUUCAUCUCGCAGUUCUCGCUCGGUUUCCUCGCCCAAUACGUCCCAAAUUUGCGAUGUAUUAUUUGGUGCAUGAGUACUUUGCCAGCCAUCGCAGGCGCCAUGAUUGUUCGCCUUGCGGAUCAUGAGGCACAGCGCAACCUUGCGCUCGGUGGUGUGUACUUGAUGGGCUUCUACAACGUCUCAUGGGUCAUGGCUGUAUCUCUUGCGACUUCAAACAAUAGUGGAGUGACGAAGAAGUCGUUUGCAAGCACGUCCAUCGCGGUUGCUUACGCCGUUGGCAAUAUCAUUGGCCCGCAGUUCUUCAUGACCAAGGAAGCACCAACCUAUCAGACUGGUAUCUUGGCCAUGUUUGUUUGCUUCGCAAUCAUGUUUGUUACUGGUGUUGCGUAUGCUGCUGUUCAGAUUAUUACCAACAAGAGAAGGGCACUGGUCCCGGUGAUCGAGGAUAAUUCUGAGGAUACAUCAGAUAUCGACCUGACGGAUGGGCAAAACUUGAGAUUUAAAUACUCCUAUUAA